GUUGUCAGUCAGGAUUCAUCGUCGACUAGUCAGUUGUCGGAGUUUCGCUAGUGCUUAGCUCUACUCCAAGCGUUUAACCAUCCCUUUCGUGUAAUCGUAUCCUUCUUUGUUUUUUUUUUCUUUUUUCUUUGUUUUUUUUCUCCUUCUCUUUUUUUUUUUUUUUUUUUUUUUUUAAACGUUCAUUCAUCGAUCGUUAUCGUCAUAGUUGUUGUCGUUGUCGCCGUCGUUGUCGUCGUUGUUACUGUCGUUUUCUAUUUGUUGAUCGGAUCGUUCGUUGAAAUUAAAGACCGAUGUGUUUUGUUACUCUAUUAUUUAUUUAUUUAUUUAUUUAUUUUUUUUUUUUUUUCUUUCUUUCUUACUUUAUCUAUCUAUCUUUUUGCUCCCGUUUCCUUCGAAAUAUGCCAGUUAAAAGUUUGAAACUGUUACGUGAAAUUUUGUCUUAACUCUCGUUUCUGUUAUGAUACAGAUAGAGAGAGAGAGACAAGAAGUGUUGUGAAGAAGAUUAUAUACAUAUACGUAUAUACAUAUACGUAUAUACAUAUAUACAUAAGGACUAUUAUAACGAGAUAAUAACGGAAGAGAGAGAGAGAGAGAGAGAGAGAGAGAGAAAAUGCAGAAUCAAGAACAACAAGUGGGACACAUCCCGGUUACUCAACCAAAGUUACCACCAGCCUCGUCCAGUCGAAUACUUUACGAUAUACCGUGCAAGGUAUGUCGGGAUCAUUCGUCGGGCAAACAUUAUGGUAUAUUCGCAUGUGACGGAUGUGCCGGUUUCUUCAAAAGGUCGAUAAGAAGAAAUCGACAAUACGUUUGCAAGGCCAAGUCCGAGGGUGGUUGUAUGGUCGAUAAAACUCAUCGUAAUCAGUGCCGAGCGUGUAGAUUAGCCAAAUGCAUUCAAGCAGGCAUGAACAAAGACGCCGUACAACACGAACGUGGACCAAGAAACUCGACCUUACGACGUCAAAUGGCACUUUAUUUUAAGGAACCCGAUAUGAUGAGCAACAUAGUACCGCAAUCGACUGCAGCAGCAUUGGAUCUUGCUCUGCCAAAACCACCGACGGAACCUCGAGUAUCGAUAGCGCCGUCCACCCCUCAUCAUCCCCUUCCUCAUCCAAUUUAUUGCAAUAGCAUUGCUUUGCCAAAGAUACCAGUUACCAUGGCAAAUCUACCUGUUAUCCCAUUGAUACCAGCGAUCACGGCGGAAUCAGUUUGCGAGCAAGCAGCGAGAUUAUUAUUUUUGAACGUACACUGGGCAAGAGAAUUGGCAGCUGGUACGAAUCUGGUUAUCGAAGAUCAACUGGCCUUAUUGGAAUCCUCUUGGAGAGAACUGUUUCUUUUAGCGGCGGCACAAAUGUUACCUACGUUAGAUCCAACGCCUCUUUUACCACCAGGUACCCAAGGUCUUGGAUUGGCUGUUGAAGUAACACGUUUCAGGGAUACAUUGGCUGGUUUUCAUGCUAUGAAUCUCGAUCAGCAUGAAUUCGCAUGCGUAAGGGCUAUUGUCCUUUUCAAGGCCGGCCUUGACAGCGAUCCGGUAUCAAGUAGCCGAAGUAGUAGCUCUGGCUCGGCCUCUCCUAACAAUGGUACAAGGCUAAAGGAUGCAGUUGCGGUCGCAAGAUUACGGGACGGUGCACAAUUAGCGCUUGGACAAAGAUUAAGCGGUGCCUCCUUUGGUGCACUUAGGUUUGGAAAGUUGCUAUUAUUAUUGCCAACUUUAAGAUCCGUCUCUACCCACGCGAUUGAGGAACUUUUUUUCAGGCGAACCAUCGGCAUUAUACCAAUCGAAAGGAUUAUAUGUGACAUGUACAAAUCCGGUUAAAAUCAAAUUUGUAUUGAUUCGUUGUGUAAUAUGUAUUGCUUAAUUAAGGGCCAAAGCGUUAAAAAAAAAAAAAAAAAAAAAAAAGAAAAAAAUAAAAGAGAGAGAGGAAAAAAAAGAAGAAAA